AUGCCACAAGCCACAUUUACACACUCUGCGAGUAAUGAAAACGAUUAUAAGCUAACAAAGGCAAAAAGCCUAUCUGAACAGCUGUGUCUACAACACGAUAGAUCAUCACAAGAACCCAUUGAAAGCUCAACUCAAGAUCAAUACGAAGAAAAUAGGCCCCCAACAUCGGCAUCCUCCACAAAGCAGAGUAAAUCGGUGAUGACAAAAUCAACCACAACCACAUCAACGCGUCAAUACUUGGGUGAUGUUUCUAAUCAAUACCAUAGCAGUGGCCUCAAACCAGCAGCACCCUCGUCAGCGCAGGUGCAGGUGCAGCUACAACCACUGAAGAAAAGAAAGCCUUUUGCCAAGGAGGUUCAACCUUUACAAACCAAAACCAACAGAGUAAUACCUAUUGUGCCUGACGGAGUACAUGCAAGUCAGAAACCACAACAGACUACUUUACUUGUACCAUCACGGUUGCCACAAAAAAGACAAGCAACUGAAUCAUCAACGAAUUUGGUCGAAAAAUUGAAAAUACCCGAACCUCAACCUUUAGCAUCUUCACACACCAUUGCAUCCACCUCAACCUACAAAAAAUCGCGGUUGAUAGAUUAUGAGUGGCAGGACCUUGACGAAGAGGAUUAUGAUGACCCAUUAAUGGCUAGUGAAUACGUCAAUGAUAUAUUUACAUACUUUUACGAGUUGGAACAACGGAUGUUGCCUGACUCUCAAUAUCUUUACAAACAAAAGAAUUUGAAACCCAAAAUGAGAUCAAUUUUAGUUGAUUGGCUAGUUGAAAUGCAUUUAAAGUUCAAGUUAUUACCAGAGUCAUUAUUUCUUGCCAUUAAUAUAAUGGACCGAUUUAUGUCCAUUGAGGCUGUGGAAAUAGACAAGUUGCAAUUAUUGGCCACUGGCUCGUUAUUCAUUGCAGCAAAAUACGAAGAAGUGUUUUCACCACUGGUUAAAAAUUACGCCUUUUUCACAGAUGGAUCAUACCUGGUUGAAGAAAUCUUGCAAGCCGAAAAGUACAUCUUGACAGUCCUAAAUUUUGACUUGAACUACCCCAACCCAAUGAAUUUCCUUCGAAGGAUAUCCAAGGCAGAUGAUUAUGACGUGCAAUCAAGAACAUUGGGGAAAUACCUUUUGGAAAUCACCAUUAUAGAUUACAAGUUUAUUGGAAUGAAACCAUCCUUGUGUUGUGCCCUGGCCAUGUAUUUGUCGCGUUUAAUAUUGGGGAAAAUACCUGUAUGGAAUGGGAACUUGAUUCACUAUAGUGGAGGCUACCGUAUCAACGAUAUGAGGGAAUGUGUGGAGUUAAUGUUUCAAUACAUCAUCUCACCCAUUGAGCACGAUGAAUUUUUCAAAAAAUAUGCAAUGAGAAAAUUCAUGAGAGCAAGUACAUUGUGCCGCAAAUGGGGGGAAAAGUUUCAAUUGGAAGGCAGAGAUUUGUUUGAUGAAAACUUAUCUACUCAUCGGUUAUCGAUUGAAGUAGAUAAUUGA